AUGCCUGCUGAGGAGUAUAUCGUGGAUUUGACGUCAGGUGAUGAAGAAGUCGAUUCACAACAGCAGAAACAUAUCCCCGAGAAUUCAACUGGAGCACGUCUACAGGGGCUCGGGAGUUUCCAGAGAGCAUAUAAUAAUGAUAUAAAUGGAAUGAGUGGUAGCGAUGUUUCCCAAAUUGAGAAUGGGAUAUCGUUAGAGAGGAUCGGUGAGCAUACUGAUAACUUGCAUACAUCAAGGAAUUCGUUUAAAAAACGUAAAUUGAGCGAUAGUGCAGAUGGCAAGAGAAGAACAGAUUUCGGGGGCGAUGUGGAUGGGCUUAGUGACUUUGAAAGUGCUUCAGAGGAAAUUUACUCCGUAGAAGGGGAUUUGAAGGACGAUCCAUUAUUAAAGAAGGUGUUAGAGGAGCCUGUUAAGGCUGAGACUUCGAUAUCAUCUGUGCCAAGAUUGGCGGAAAAUGGACCUAAUGAUAAUAGCCCUAUAAUUUUGCUCAGCAGUGGUGAUGAAGAUGAAACCACCGGUGUUACAGGAUCGCUACCUCAGAGUGUUCAUGACUACAGAGAUCUUGAAGAAAGUGAUAUGUUGCAGAGCGAUGAAUUCGAACCUGAGGUAUAUCGUAAAAGGGUGCUGGAGAACCUUGCAGACAGGGAGCAAAUGUAUUACAAUAAAAUGGCUAAAUUGCGAAUUGCCAGAGAGAUUUUACGAGGUAAAAUUAAGCACAGAAAUGAACGUAUUAAGCAUGACAAUACAGAAGAAGAGCAGUCGCUGCGAAGGGCCAACAACCAUACCCAGGAAGUAUUGGCUAGAACAGUAUCUGAGCUAAAAGAAGUAGAAAAGGCAUUCUCUACUUUUCAGCGUGAAAAGCGUGAAAAACUAUUAGAAUUGCAGCUACAGCUGCUUGAUAAAGACGCAGAUAAAAAGUCAUAUAAUCAAAUAAAAAGAGCAUUGUUGAAAGUUCAACUAGAUAAUGCUGGACAAAAGUACAAAGGUAACACGAGUCUACAGGUAGAACUUGAUAGAAUAAGAAAAGAGAUAGAUGCGAUUGACAGGGAUUCUAAGGCACUUGACGAAGAAGCGAAUGUCAAGUCACAUAUUUUGUUCCGAAAUAGUUGCAAAAGAGCGUUAGAGCUACUCGAGGGUACAAACCGAUCUACCGAGAAUAAAAGUUUGAUUCGGGAUAAACUGGGCAAGCUUCUAGAAUACGAGAAUAUGGUUUAUAACAUGGAGAGCACAACUCCAGAAGAUAGAAAACAGGUCUUUGAAGCAAUUAAUGAGUUAAAAAACCAGGGGAUAAAAAUGCCUGUAGUGUAUAAUAGAUUAGAAGAACUGGGAGCUACCAAAGAAAAUGGAAUGUUAAAUAAUGGAAAGCAGGAGAUUAUUGGGAUAGAUGAUUUGGACAAAUAUAAAACGGAUUUGGGUGCUGGUACCGAUACAAAUCCCAUGACUAAAAACAGUGAAGCACUUAUGUUUUCUCAGACUAUUGCAAAGGUUCGCUCCAUUUUGGCGACUUUGAACCGUAGUGACGAAAUCAAAAACCAGAUUAACUACUCUCUAGGUAUUAUCGAUUCGUACCAGGAACUAGUCAAUAGUGGAAUAAGUCCAAAUAUGGAAAAAAAAUCUGAAGCCAUUGCUGCACUACGAAAUUUACACAAGCAUGGUGUCAAGAUGCCUUUUGUCAAUCAAGUUCUGGAGCGCCAAGGAUUAAACUGGAAAUUUGAUCCUCAUGGCGCUAUCCGAAAUAUUGUGGAUGCGAGGAGGCUCAUAAGAGAUAAUCAUAACAGGAGUGAAGAAACUAAACAAGCAAUAUACUCGCUUCUAAACAUUGCAGAGGAGGCUGUUAACAAAACAAUUAAUGAUACACGUUUUGACUCUGAGUCGAGAAAUAACAUCAAACUAACUCUGGCAACUCUAAAAAAGAUGGGAAUUAGGAUGCCAGUGGUGGAUAGAACUUUUGCAGCUUAUUUUAAAAGCGAAUGGAAAAGUACAAAGGAUGAGAAUGAGUACAACAAGAGACCUAUACCGGAGAAUCACGAAGCAGAAAGAUAUUAUCAAUCGAUUGAGCAAGCAAUGUCUACUUACAAUAGCGCGUUUAAUAGAUCUAGGCUUGGGCCUGCGAAAAUUAGAGAACUCAUGAUGGGAUUAGAAAGUUUACGAACAUUUCGCCAGUUGUUUAACACCGUGACAGCUCCAUUGUUUUGGAAGCAGCGAGUCCAGGGUUCUAUUAACUUAUUACUAGAAAACCAUUUAAAACUACCUCCUGUAUUCAGGCACUUAAAAAAGCUUGGAUUUUACACUGGACCUCCUAAUAGUAUCAUAGGCUCAUCUAAAAAUGGCCAGACGGACGAUGAUUCUUUCAUGGAGCCACUUGUUAUACAAGAUGACAUUGAUGAUCUUGAAUUAAAGCAGUAUGGAUCUUCUGGCUCUCAAAAUCAGUUAAAAAUUGCAAAUAUCUACACUUCAAAAGACCAUGAAAGUUUAAACGAAUUGCUAGAAAGUUUAAAGAAAGUUGAAACUAGUAUUGCAGGUGAAGAACUAACUCCACCAGAGUUAACUGUAAAUUUGCUAACGCAUCAACGUCAAGGCUUGCAUUGGCUGUUAAAAACUGAAAAAUCUAAAUUUAAAGGAGGAUUACUGGCGGAUGAUAUGGGUUUGGGUAAGACUGUUCAAACGCUUGCCUUAAUGCUUGCUAAUAGGUCGACAGAUGGGGAUUGCAUGACAAAUAUAGUUGUGGCCCCCGUCUCUGUUUUAAAGGUUUGGUAUGAUGAAAUCAACACCAAAAUAAAAAAAAGCACCCAUUUUAAGGUUCUAAUAUACGGUGGCUUUGGUGGUAAGAAGGUCAAGAAUUUCAAGGCUAUGAAGGACUAUGAUGUCAUUCUGGUUUCCUACCAAACCCUCGCGAUUGAGUUUAAGAAGCACUGGCCUAGAAGAUUACAGAAUGAUCCUGAUAAUGAAGAUGCAACUCCAGAGGUGGUUAGUAUCCAAGCGAUGAAUUCUCUGAAGACCAGAGAUGAAUAUUGGUCACCUUUUUUCAGUGAUGAUUCUGUAUUUUACCGUAUAGUUCUAGAUGAGGCCCAGAAUGUUAAAAAUAAGCAAACACAAGCCGCAAAAGCGUGCUCCACUCUAAGCGGGACAUAUAGAUGGGCACUUUCCGGUACUCCAAUUCAAAAUAACAUUUCUGAGCUUUAUUCCUUGAUUAGAUUCUUAAGAAUAGCUCCGUAUAAUAGGGAACAAAAGUUCAAAGAAGAUAUUGGUAACUCCCUAUCUGGUAAAGGAGAUAUGAAUGGCGAACAUACCAAAAGAGCAGUUAAAAAGGUCCAGGUACUACUAAGUGCUAUCAUGCUUCGUAGAUCAAAGAAUUCUACAAUAAACGGUAAACCUAUACUAGAAUUACCAAAGAAAUACCUGAAAAAUACAGAAGAUGUCCUGGAAAAUGAGGACCUGGAAUUUUAUCGAUCACUGGAGCAUAAGACUGCAUUAAAAGCCGAGAAGCUGUUAAAUAAUAGGAAAGCCGGAUCCUACUCAAGUAUUUUGACAUUAUUAUUGAGGCUACGCCAGGCUUGUUGUCACCAGGAGUUAGUGAAGUUGGGCGAAGCGAGAGCUCAAGGAGCAAAAAUCGUUAACGGUACGGAUUUUGAGAAGGAUUGGUUACGUUUGUAUAAAGUAGCCAAAAGGAUAACUGAAAUUGGUCAGGAGACUGUGAGACAAUGUAUCGCCUCGAUGACAUGUCCCUACUGUAUGGAGCAAAUGGAAUUAGACUCAUUAGCUGUCUUAACACCUUGCGGCCAUUUACUAUGUGAAUCAUGUGUUGACCCUUUCCUAGAAAAGGCUCGGGAUUCUCCACUUGUCUACAAAGGGCCCAGUGGCACACGUUCAUACUAUGUGCCUUGUCUAGUUUGUGAAAGAUCAGUAAAUGAUCAUGAAAUAAUAUCCUAUCAGUUAUACGACCAAGCUAUUAACCAGAAUCUUACUGAAGCAGACCUGAGGAUGGAAUAUGAACAGCAGAUGUCAUCUAGAAAACAGAACAUAAAGAACUGCUAUGAAAUAGACUUCGAGAAGCUGCAUCAAUCGAAAAAGGUUCAACAAUGUAUUAAUAUUAUCAAAUCUGUCAUAGAAAAUACAGAAGGCGAGAAGAUAGUGGUUUUCUCUCAAUUUACGACUUUCUUCGACAUACUACAACACUUCAUAAAGAAAGCCUUAAAUAUUAAUUUCCUAAGAUAUGAUGGCUCCAUGACAGGUGCUGCGCGAUCCGAGAUAAUAGAACGUUUCUAUAGAGAGGAUGACAAUAGAGUUCUUCUAAUUUCAAUGAAGGCUGGUAAUUCUGGGUUGACAUUAACUUGUGCAAAUCAUGUUAUUUUAGUCGAUCCAUUCUGGAAUCCUUACGUGGAAGAGCAAGCAAUGGAUCGCUGCUACCGAAUCAGUCAAGAAAGGGAAGUUCAAAUUCAUAGGCUGCUGCUCAAAAACACUGUCGAGGAUAGAAUCAUUGAACUACAGAAUAGAAAAAAGGCCCUGGUUGAAAGUGCCAUGGAUCCAACGAAAUUAAUGGAGGUCAACCGAUUAGGCCAUCAAGAAUUAGGUUAUUUGUUUGGCUUGAACUCUCUAAAUCAAUAG